AAAAAACAACAAAAAAAUUAAAAAUAAAAUCGACCUACUAAGUGAGCAAUUAAAGUGCAGGCAGCCCCCCCAAAUGCACAGAAAAACACAUUGGAGAAAAAAAAUUGACUUGAUUGGGUCAUGUUAUUGCCCGAUCAUACAACUAGUACAGUUACAAUUAUAUGUAUUUUGUGUGUGUAAGUUAUUCCUGAUAAAUGCCUAAUAACAACUUUUGUUUACUACUGUCAUCAGUAAAGAAUUGCUUCUUAAGUAAAAGGUAAACCUGGAGUGAAAAAAUGGUGUUUGCAUUAGAUUUUUGUAAUGGCAUAAUUCAUCUUUAUGAUUUGAUGUUUUGGGAACACAAUCUCUGUGCAGCAAUAAAACUAUAAAAGCGGGGAAAAGUUGGUACUAAGGUAAACGCAACUAAUUUGCUGUUUCCACUCUGGCAAAUCUGUGUGCAGUCUGAGAUAGGCCCCAUUUGACAUUUAGAGAAUAGGUGAAAAAAUAGAAUUUUAUGUUUUAUUGAACAUUGGAUAUGAAAAGUCUACAUACCUUAGUUUAAAAAUAAUUUUUACAAAAAAAAAAACUGCAACCACUGUUUGUAGAGGCAUUCGAAAUUUCCAAUUCUUAGAUUAUUCGCGACUCGGCCGUGGAAAAUUCGAGAACGAUUCACAAACAUCUAAAUUCCAAUUAUUUAAUAAUACCAGGCGGAACUAAAAUGCAUUCAGGGCGGUCUUCGGGACGCAAUGAGGAACGGACCGAGAGUAAAUACGUUCAACUCAUGGUACAGACCACGGCGGCUUUGGAACAUGUAUAGAGAACUAGAUGCGAAAUGAGACUUGCCAGCAUUAAUAAACAGCCGCCAUCUUAAAGCAGCAGACUUCUCUGGAAGGCUUCGUUUUAGCGAACCUAAUUAACUUUUUAUCUAAAAUACUCCUAAAUUGGCAAAAUCUUGACUUGAAUCCAUCUUUAAAUGAUGAAACAUUUUUAAAACUUUCACAUGUCGAAAGUAGACAGAAGGAAAAUUAUGGAAGAACGGGAGCAAUUUAAAAAAUUUAACGGUUGAUUCACAACAUUAAAUUAAUUGACUGUAGUUUAAAGCUGCUGAUACAGGAUGGGGACUUGAGUAUUUUAUUUACUGUUUUGAACUGUUAACUUGGUACUGAAAUAGUAGUUUGGUUUAGCCUGAGAAGAUUUUGGAACUAAUGUACGAAACAUUAAAAGCAGGGGGGCGGCAUCAAUAAUCGAUUUAUAAUCGAAUCGUAGCCUCUGACUCGUAAUCGAAUCGUUAGGUGCCCAAAGAUUCCCACCUCAAAAUGUGAUUGUACAAGUGUGCACACUUUAAAAACAGGAUGUAGCUAUGUUCACAAACAACCAAUCACAAUGAAGCUCAUGUAAUAUGACUCAGCUCGGUACUUCCACUAUUUAAAUUGCAUCUGAUUAACAGCACAUAAUGUUAAAGCUAAUGUUCACUGGCUUUAUUAUAACUCACUAUAUAUUUAAAAAUAUUUUGCUUUCUAAAAAAGACCUGGUGCCAACUGACUGGUAUUUUUGGCAAUAAAAUUCUCACCCGAUUGGGAGAUUUUUGUUGUGAUCGAAUGAAACCAAAGAAAAACGACAGUAACCAAGAAUAAAUUGAAACUCCGGAAAAGAUGAAACUUCAUAUUUGAGUUAGUUGCACAGGUUACAAUUUAUGGUGAUGGUGAAAAUAAUUGUGAAAUGUUUACUCUUGAUCUCAUUAAUUAUAUGACAGAAAUCUGACAUUUCUAAUCUUGCAGCAUUGUAGUGUGCCAUGGUAUCUUGGUUGCUAAUCCCUUAAAUCAGUGUAAAUAAUUGUGCCUUUACAAUGAAGAUCAGUUUUCAUGUUGACCGACACAAUCAGACAGGAAUGAAGUUAAUAUCAUGCUUUGACUAAUGUUGUUGUAGAAUACAUUUUUCUGAAGCUGUCAAUCAAAAUGAAGUAUGAUUAUCCUUGUCAAGGCCUAAACCAUUAUGAAUCGCUUUUAUUUGAACUCAUUAGAUUGUAGAGUCAUCAUAUUGAAAUUGUAUGUCACUGGUAUUUUUUUUUAAUAAUCUUUCACUAAUUAAAGUAAGACAGUUCAUUCAUUCAUCAUCAGUGAGCCUCAAUCCAGCAGAACCACCUCAGGGUAAGUUGUAAAAUCUCAAAUUUUUAGUAUGAUUACUAAUCUGAUGAGGUGGUUAAAGAAGUAAAAAACUUAAAUAUGUGCCUCAUAUGUUUUUUAAUUAAACCUUUUCUAAGUUGUGGGUUAAUUUGCAAUGUUGAUACCUGAUCAACAUAUAUCUAUUGUACUUCCUCAGAUAGUUGCAUCUAGUCCCGUAGAUAAAAGGUGCUUACUGAUUGCAGACCUGUUUGAAUGCAAGUUGCACCCCACAUAGCUAGUAAACAUUUCCACAUUGACCCCGCCCCAUCCCGUCCCCAAAAGUUUGAAUUGGAAAAACAAAAGUUCAAUCUGUUUUACAUAUUUUAAUCUGUGAUUGAGCAAAUAAACACGCCUGGCUACUAUGAGGAACUGCAGAAAUCCGUUAUCUACUCAUCUUAGUACUUAGUACCUCAACAUGCAAACCAUAAGGGGAUAAACAGCUUUCUCAAAUUGAUAUAAUUAAUGUCAAUCACUGAGGAAGAAAUGACUUCUUUCUAUGACAUGUAUUUUUCUUUAACUUUGUGUUUUUUUCAGUGUCAGGGUCUUCUUGGCUGAGCACAGAUGAGGAAUCUGUAACUCUCAAAGGAAACAAGAAGAAGCCUUUUGAACUGCUUUGCUAUAAGUUAUUAUAAGCAUUUUUCAAAUUAAACGGGAAGACUUUUUUUUUUUUUUUUAAUGCUAUUGAGCUUUCCGGCUCCCCCACUGCUUUUGGAAGUAAAUUGUUAGCAGUGUACAAUCGAGAGUACCAACAUCUGAUUUUGUACAGUCCAGAUAAGAACCUUUGAAGUGACAUUCAAGCGUUUUUGGACAACAAAUUUUCACAGAAGCCUAAAGACGGGCUUUUUUUUUGGUAGUACACACUCCUGUCUCGGGACUCCCGUUGCUGUUCCCAGCACUGGAGGUUCGGCCGUGCACCCCCAUGUGCAUGUGAGUGGGAAAUGUUCCAGUUUGGAAAAUACAAUUUGGACAUUAUAGAAAUGUUAAGUGGGCACCAGGCCCACCAAUUUAAAGGGCUUGGUUUAGACCGGCAACUGCAGCAUCAGCAGCAAGUGCAACUCCACCAGCACCAACUACAGCAGCAGCAGCAGCAGCAGCAAGCUGAAUCGUCUGGAGCUCUUCUGUCUGGACUUGGCUUGGGCCCCCUGCAGGGGUCAAGAGGUAACGCCUUUUCUGAUUCUGCCUCCAUUUUUGCCAAGAUGAGUGCCCCUCCUCCCCCACCUUUACAACAGCAGCCUUCCUCAUCUCAGAACUCUCGUUCAAAGUCAAGCAAGAUGAGCAGCAGCAGCUCAAGCCAUUCUUCAGGCUAUCCACAGUUCCUGCGCUCUUUCCACCCGUCUGAGGCAGCACUAGCGCAGGAGCAGUUACACCCAGGUGUAGGCCGCUUUGAGCACUUUGCCGGAGGAAGUAGCAGUAGUGUGAGUGCUGGGGGAUUAGGAGGAUUAGUACCAUCCGCACCUCCACCCCCACCUCCUCUGCAUCCCGGCCUCUCUGUCCCCCAAGCAUCAUCUGGCCCCUCCUCGUCCUCCCCUUCCCCUUCAACCUCUGUGGCCACCUCUAACAACCCUUCUAGUAGCAGUGCAGUCAGCUCAUUGGGACACCAGUUGGUUGGGGCCCAGUCUGAUGCACGGAGCCUUCACCAACAGUUUAGUUGCAUGCUAGCUGCUAAUCAAUAUUUCCUUUCCGGUGUGCCUGCUAAUGCUAGUUUAGAGCAGUUUCUCGUUCAACAGGGUAGCCAUAACCACUUAGGGAUUGGUUUAAGUCAGUCAGCCGGGGAGCCUAGUACUAGCCUCGCUCCGCCUCCCGCACUGCAUUCUUCUCACUCGCAUAGCCACUCCGCUUCUCAGUCACAGCAGGCUCCGCAGCAGCCUCCCCAGCAGCAACAGCUUCCGCCUCACACCCUGUCUCAUCCUCACUCUCAUACUCAUCCUCACCACCCGCUCCACUCUGGGUCGCAGCCCUCGUCGCUGGGCGGCUUUGACUUUCAAGGCAUUCCUGUCCUCUCGUCGAAUCAAAUAGCUUCGCUUAUGCAGCAGGAAACGGGUUUGCCGCUUCCAUUGCCACUUCACUUAUCUUUGUCUAAAGAUGAGGGUAAAGCGGAAAGCACAGGUGGUGGAACUGGUGGUGGUGGUGGUAGUAGUGGCGGUGGUAGUAGUAGUAAUAGCAGUAGCAGCAGCAGUAGUAGUAGGAGGAAGAAAGCGAUGGCUGGUUACUUGCCCCAGAGAAAAUCUGAAAGCACUAAUAAUGGCCACAGCAGCCACAGUAAUCCUAGCACUAGUAGCAACAAUGAAGCACUUAAUCAUAAUCAGGCCCCAUCUUUAAUUGGAAGUGGGGUUGGCUUAUCAAAUAUUGGUGGGGAACCUUCAUCCUUGCUUGCUUCUUCAUCUUCAUCCUCAUCAGUAGUUUCUUCUUCCUCCUCCUCUGCUCCCUCUUCUUCUGCUGCCUCAGUACUGGUUACUAACGAGUCUCACAUUUCUAAAUCUGAUAACCUUAACUCAAUACAACCUAACACCACAGAGUCUGAAACAGAGUCAAUAUAUAGCUGUGGAGAGUGUGGUAAAAGCUUCCCUCACCUUUCAAGCCUUCGCAGGCAUAUGCGUAUGCAUGAGCCAACUGCAGCUGGCACUAGCAAAUCUACCACUACUGACAAAAUAUUUCAUUGCCCUGAUUGUGGUAAAGGCUUUAAGAAAAAAGGACACCUCCUGCAACACGGUGUCCUACACUCUUCAGCCCGCCCAUAUGGCUGCUCCACCUGCUCUCGGGCUUUUAAUCGUAGAGAGUCACUGACACGGCAUGAGAAGAUACAUGAGGAAAAGCCAUUCCGAUGUCCUGCCUGUGGUCGUGCCUUCCGUGAGAGCACCUCUCUACUCAACCAUGCUGCCUCAGGCACCUGCGGCAAGCCAGGUAGGGGACCCAAACAACGAGGCAGCAAGUCAGGAAGUGAUGGUGAGGACAGAAUAGGGGGAGGGAGCGGAGGAGGUAAUGGAGGAGGGGGAACUUAUCCGAGCAAUAGGGGGGUAAUUUAUGGGAAAACUGAGGAAAAGGAUGGUAUAAUUAUUGUUGGGGAAGGAGAGCAAAAAUCAGGUUUAGGAUGUGAUCUGUUUCAGUCUGCAAGGGGAGGGAAUUCAAAUGACAGGGACAGAACAGAUUCUAAAUACCCCACUGACUACUCUCGGAAUCGUUACACAGGCUACCAUGAAGACCACCGAUCUCAAGGUAAUCCAUCUCCAUGCUACUCUGGAGCCUCCCCCUGUGGAAGUGGGAUGGCCGGCCCAGCUCUGAGAAAGGCGCCCCUGGCCCCAACACUGCAUCCGCACUCUCAGAGCCUCAACCAGCACCAUCAUCCGCAGCAACAGCCCCACCUGCCCCUAUCCUCUCUACUGGAUGACUCAGAGGAUGAUGUCACUAGCUCUGUCAACAAUGCGAUCUCUGCUAUCACUGCAGCAACUGGAAAUAGAGAUGACAGGGGAGACAUCAUAGGAGGUCUACUUGGUGGUCUUGGUCUAGGCCCCCUGGGUUCACCGUCAACAUCUGGCAUGGACAAGAACUUCCGAGUUGGUGGGAACCAGGAGGCAGUGGGCAACAAUCCACCGAACCCCGCUGCUAAGCCCAAACGUCCCCGCAAACCCAGAGCCAAGAAAGAUCCAGCAGCUGAUGGGCAGCCCCCUAAACGUAGACAGUACACUCCGAGAAUGGGAACCAGUGGGCUCCCACGCACUCACCUCUGCAGUGUCUGCGGUAAGGGUUUUGCACGUCGUGAAACUCUACGCAGGCACGACCGCAUACAUACCGGAGAAAAGCCUCAUCACUGCACUGUUUGUGGAAAGUACUUUAGGGAGGCAUUCCACCUUAGCAAGCAUCAAACAGUUCAUUCUGGGGCAAAGAAUUACAAAUGCAGCAUCUGUGGGAAAGAGUUUGGGUACUCCCAGAGUCUCAGGAGACACAGCAAGCUCCACCAGAAAGGGGAGAUGGAAGAGGUGCCCACAACACCAGCUCCAGAGAAUAUAAACAGCUUUAAUCCAAACCCUCAAUGCAGUGUGACCCAAGACGGGAGCCAGAACCAAGUACCAAGCACCUCCUCCUAUUACUCCUACCCUCAAGAUGUCAAACCUCAAGACACCCAGCCACAUUCACAGCCCCCGCCUCGUCUUUACACCUGUGCUAUAUGCUGGAAGUCGUUUCGCCACCACUUCCAUCUGACUGCUCAUCACCAGACAGUUCACGAAGGUGGCGGCGAAAAGCAUUUCUGCUGUGAGGUAUGCGGCAAAGCAUUUGCUUACUCAAAUAGCCUUACCCGACACAGGCAGUCCCAGCACGGAAUCACCCGCAGUGAAACGUCAAACCCUCAAGAAGGCAGUAGUGGGUCUGGAGACAACAGGGGAGGCAACGAUGUGAACCAGUCAACAUCAGAGAGCGAGGCUGCCACCAAUGCUCUUCUCCAGAUGGCCCCAUCUACAGACAGCCACGGGGUCCCUAGUCUUAACGUUGUCACUCAUGGCCAUCAGCAGGCACAACCGCAACCCCCAGCUGGUUACUCUCCCCUCUUUUAUGAUGCUACAGCAGCCCAGUCUUCAGCCUCCAGUGCCCUAUCUUACUCGCAGCCUCUGCCGCCCAAUUCAACAAUCAUGCCUCCCCACCACCCGCACUCCCCGGCCGGUGUUAAAGGAGAGCACAUAUAUCCAGCCGGAUCCCGCAGCCGUACGCUACACACCACAGCUCCGUUCCAGCCUCUUACUGAACUGCCCUCCACCGAACAUCACCAUCUACAUCAUCAUCAUCAUCACCCCCACCAUCAUCCUCAUCAUCAGUCAGGUGCCCAGCUCCAACAACACCUCGACUGCAGCAACCAGUUGCCGCACGAUGAAAUCAGACGACACAAGAAGAAAAAAAAAAAGUCCGAUAGGAGAGAUUGGCAGGAAAAUAAAUAUGAAUCCCAAGACUUAGUCAGAUUUGAAGGGAGACACAAGAAGAAAAAGAUAAGUUGUUCAGUAAGAGGGCAGUUGAACAGAAAACAAGGCUCUCUUCGCUUGACAAUUAGGCGGGGAGAAGGAUCUGGUGGCGGUGGGUAUAAACUUGUCAACACUGGGGGAGUGAAAGUUCAGAUCCUGUCGUCCUUAAAAGUUCCUGUGAAGCGUUUCGGCUGUCCUAUAUGCCCCAAUUCAGUGUUUUCCCGCAAAGCAGGACUGCUAGUCCACAUGGCAAUUAGACACCCACAAAGAGCCACAACCACUCGGGAGCGACUUCAGUGCUGCGUAUGUGGGAAGCAGUCUCAGAGUUCCAUGGCAGCUUUUGUCCAUCGGGCUUCUCAUCGUGCCAGAGGGACUUUCUCCUGCCAGUGCUGCUCCGCUCGCUUCUGGAAUAGCACACUUCUCCAAAGGCACAAGGGUUCCUGCCGCCGCGUGGCAACAGGAGCUCAGCAAGAGGACAUCAAGAAGCCUGUUCCAUUACCGUUAAAGAGACCAGGAGAAAGACAGAUCCGAGAUGGUCAGGGUGACUUGCCGUACCAUCUAUUGGGAUCAUAUAGAUACUGAGCAUCAUGUUUCCUGAUGUGACAACUACAAUAAAAGGACAUGGAAAAAGGAAUAGUUGAUUUUAGACUGCUGACUUUAGGAUUGAGUGUGUUAACAACUACUGUAAAGCAUCUUAUUAAAUGCUUCCAGAUUCUUUUGGAAUGUUUUUCAAAAAUAUGUGACUGUUUUCAUAGGAAUCACUAACCCCUUAAGUGCAUUGACACUAUGCUUGGCAGACACUGUGCAGUCACUAGGCAAGUUUAGAUUAUGUUACCUGCACAUGUUUCUAUCUUCCCCAUAUUCUAACUAGCAUCUGCGCUACACACCUUUUGCUGUAUGAUAAACUGUUUCUCUGCUGUGUACUUUGUCUGGUUAAUGUAGCAGCUCCGAGGAUUUUUUUUCUAAAUAUGUAAAGUGCUUAUAUUAGGACUAGGGACUUUGGGGGAUGAAGAAAUUUGUUGAUACUAUGUCAGUGCAUGUUUGUUCUCUGGUCAAGUUUUUUGCUGAGGUGAUAUGUGAUGGCUUUUUCAAGUAUAUCCCAGAAGUUUUAGUGUAAAUUUGAUUUCAGGGUUCCUCCUAUACGCCCAAGUGAUUAUAAUCACAUAUAGAUAAAAUGUUGAUGGUAAUUAGUAUACCGUAAAGGGUCUGCCAAAAUGAAGAAACGUACAAAAAGCCUUGCUUUUCAUGUUCCCUUCUUUUAUUUGGAAUUUUUUUUAGCUUUUAUACUAAGAGAUAGAACACAAGUUAUUCCAGUAUACUACGUUUGUCCCAUGUUAUUUGUAUGCUCUUUCUAGCAGUGCUUAUUUUUACAGUGCUUCACUUUGUGUUAAGGACCUAUUCUCCAAGCAAAUGAACUAUUCCAUGUAUUUAUGUACGUAACUGUCUUCAUACCAAUCUUAGACUGAACCUCAACCUUUUAGUGUGUGCCGAGUUGCAAUCAUAAUCGUACUGUCUCGCAAUUUUUGUUUUCUUCUAAAGAAAUGUUAAUUUCCUCACGUAUGACAUGUCCAUGCCUGUUUCACAUCUUGUUUUUUCUUCUAAAGAAAAAAAGUAUAGUUUUAGUAGAUUUCUAUCACUUUAUUUACUGAAAAGCCAGUAGUUGAUUAUAUUUGAAAUGAAUAAACCUUGAGUGUAAUAACCGGUUUUCCUUUGUUAUUUAAAGACACGCAGAACAUGAUAGAGGAAUUUAAAGACAUUUCCUGAUACCAGGUAUUAUAAAUAAACUUUACCUGUUUUAA